AUGACGGAGACUAGGUGGGUAGGAUCUAAGGCUAGGGAUGUGGGUGGGUACAAGCUUUGGUACUUGAGGAGGGAUAAGCAUCGGAAUGGAGUCGAUAUCUUAGUGGAUGAGGAGUUUAGAGGUCAGGUGGUGGAGAUUAAGAGGGUGAAAGCGAGAUUUUGGGAAGAUUUGGACGUGGUGGUGAGAAGCGUGACUAGCGCAGAGAAGAUCGUCCUAGUAGGGGACUUCAAUGGGCACAUUGGUGUCCUACCUGGAGGCUAUGAUGAUGUGCAUAGUAGUUUUGGCUUCGGUGUUAGAAAUGGCGAGGGAAUGGACCUGUUGGAUUUUGCGAGGGCCUUUGAGCUGGUGGUUGUGAACUCGAGUUUCCCAAAGAAGGAGGAUCACCUAAUUACCUUUCGAAGUGCGAAAGCCAAGACUCAGAUUGACUUUCUACUGCUUAGGAAGGGCGAUAGGGUACUAUGUAAAGACUGUAAGGUCAUUCCAAGCUAG